AUGAACUCCCGCAGCUUCCCCGAGGAUAGCAUGCCCGACAUGGACCCCGGGCUGCAACAUUAUCCAAAUACUCUUCCUGCAACCUUUGAACCUCUCAGUGCGACAGAAGGAUUGCCCUUUCACACGUCCUUCAAGGACAGUACAAGUCUUACCGACUCAGGGAUCACGCAGACUCGGAUACAAGGGGACGAUCCGUACCCUACCGUCUUCCUCGAGGAGCAGGCCAUGGCCCCGCAGAGGCUGGCAAACGCCACCACCGCCGGUGGACUGAGCUAUGGGAUCAACCCGUACACCAUCGCGCCACCGGCACCUCUUUUGACCGCGGUUGACCCAGGGCUCCUUGCCGCAGCGUCUGGUGAAGAAACAUCCAUCUCUCGGGUACCGUCCCUGAGCACGACAAACUCUAGUGGAAGUAAUACAAGCCGCAUAACGACAGUCGGAAGGCCGCAGAGCAAGUCGUACCGGUCAAGGUCUUCUAGGUCCAUGUCGUUUGGCCCAGCAGAUUCGCCAGUCACAGAUCCUCCAGCCAAGAAGAAAAAGAGAACCCAGAGUAAUGCAACGGCUGGGUCGGCCGCGACAAAAUCAACCAGAUCCAGAAAGACGUCCCCGGACGCCGACGGCGAUGACGACGGCAAGCGCAGUACAGUGCUUGAGCGGAACAGGGUUGCAGCGCUCAAGUGCCGAAAGAAGAAGAAGGAAUUCGUCCAAGAUUUGGAAGAGCAGUGCGUCGAGCUCGAAACCACAAACCACGCCCUCCAGACAGAAGCUCAGGGGUUGCUUAAUGAGUUGAACAGCAUGAAGAACCACCUGAUGGACCACGCGUCCUGUAAGGAUCCCAGGAUCGAUAAUUGGCUCGAGUUUGAAGCUCAACGUUUCGUUCGGGAGAGCAAGGAGCGCGCAAUGCGCGAGCAGGGUGGCGGCGGGCUGACCUAUGAGAAGCUCAUAGAAUCGGUCGCCCCUACAGCGGCAACUGCCUCGUCACACCGAAGCUCGUUAUCUGAGAGUAUGAUGGCGAACUCGAGACGUUCGAGGCAAGGGUCUGCCGGUUCUUCCCACACCGCCGGGAUGCCAGUAAGAUGUCGAUCCUCGCAUUCAAUAUCCGACGGCGUAUGGAAUUCGCCCAUGGAGCUCCCGGUCUAUGCCAUUGGCUCCGCCCAAACUUCUCCCAUAGUGCCCCCGUUCAAGACAAUGAACCAUCUAGAAAACGAAGAAGGUUAG